AUGCCAUACUUCACAAGAGGCAGGAAAGCCGAUGUUAUCCGCAAGUAUAACGAGAAACUCGCCACAGCAGCGGAGGAUUUUCUCGCGCUGUGGGAGAAGGACGACUGCCCGAGGAAAAGUGUCAGAGACUUCACGGUCACCCGGCGCCUCGCGUCGGGUGCUUUCGGCGUAGUGUACGGGGCAGAACAUGGGGGAAUAGCAUAUGCCAUGAAAGUCCAGCCGAAAUUCGAUUCUUUCGAAAUACCAAAGAAGGAGAAGAGAAUGCAGUGGGCUCUGAAAAAUAUGUUCGUCGUCGAACUGUUCUAUUGCUAUGUGAGCCACACGGACGUAUUUCUCUUCAUGGAUCUCGCACCCUACGGUAAUCUCAACGCCAUGGAGCCGUUUCCCCUCUCUGAUGCUAAAACCAAAUUGAUGCUCAGCCAAGUGGUGAGGGGACUUGAGUAUAUCCACAAAUGUGGCAUUAUCUACCGGGACCUAAAACCAGACAAUGUGCUGAUUUUCGAAAAAGGACUUCUGAAAAUAAGCGAUUUCGGACUCUCUGUCUUCAAGGGCAGCUGCCCGAGGGAUCACCUCGGAACUCCGCAAUACAUGGCGCCCGAGAUGUUUUUGCGUAAGCAAUAUGAUAAUGCAGUUGACUGGUGGGCUUUCGGCAUAAUGAUGUACGAGCUCCUGACCGAAUCGCGUGCCACUCCUUUCCACCCUCCGUACACAUCCGCAGCCGAUUUUGCCAGGUGCACGACAGACGCACCGCCCGCGGGUCUGGACGAUCCUCGUUAUACACCGGCGGCGAAAUCCAUGAUGCUACAAUUCCUUGUCAAGGAUCCUAAGCAAAGACUGGGCUCGGGUGGUUGUGAGGCGGUCAUGGAGCAUGCUUGGUUUUCCGACAUAAAUUUCGACACCUUGAUCGUCGAAGAGGAAUUCCCCCAUAUCGAGCUCCCCCCAGAAAGAGAAGCCGUCGAGGGCGAUUUCUCCAAUUUCAACAUGGAGCGUCCAAAUGAAGACCCGGAAUGGCAAGCUUUCUGA